GCGCCGCCGCAGCCGCCGCCUCGCUCUUUCAGCCCUGUCAGGAGCGGUGUGAUUCCCGACCAAGAUGGCGGCCGUGGGGCGAGUCGGCUCGUUCGGUUCAUCUCCACCUGGGCUAGCCUCGACCUACGCCAGCGGGCCCCUGGCUAACGAGCUGGCGUCGGGCACCGGCGGACCGGCGUCGGGCGACGAUGAGGACGGGCAGAACCUCUGGUCCUGCAUCCUCAGCGAGGUCUCCACGCGCUCGCGCUCCAAGCUCCCGACCGGGAAGAACGUGCUGCUGCUGGGUGAAGAUGGAGCUGGAAAAACAAGCUUAAUAAGAAAAAUUCAGGGCAUAGAGGAGUACAAGAAAGGAAGAGGACUGGAGUACUUGUACCUAAAUGUGCACGAUGAAGACAGGGAUGAUCAAACAAGAUGUAAUGUAUGGAUCUUGGAUGGAGACCUGUAUCACAAAGGGCUACUCAAGUUCUCACUGGAUGCCCUUUCUCUGAAGGACACUCUGGUUACACUGGUUGUUGAUAUGUCAAAGCCUUGGACUGCUUUGGAUUCCUUACAGAAGUGGGCAAGUGUGGUGAGAGAACACAUUGACAAGCUGAAAAUCCCCCCUGAGGAGAUGAAAGAAAUGGAGCAGAAGUUGAUUAGAGACUUCCAAGAGUAUGUGGAGCCAGGAGAAGACUUCCCAGCAUCCCCUCAGCGAAGAACCACGGCUGCACAGGAGGACAGAGACGACAGCGUUGUGCUGCCCCUGGGUGCGGACACACUCACUCACAGCCUAGGCCUCCCGGUGCUCGUAGUCUGUACAAAGUGUGAUGCCAUUAGUGUGUUGGAGAAAGACCACGACUACAGAGAUGAACACUUUGACUUUAUCCAGUCACACAUCCGCAAGUUCUGUUUACAGUAUGGUGCAGCGCUUAUUUAUACUUCAGUAAAAGAGAACAAGAACAUAGACAUAGUUUAUAAAUAUAUCGUCCAGAAGCUAUACGGGUUCCCCUACAAGAUUCCUGCAGUGGUGGUGGAGAAGGAUGCGGUGUUCAUUCCAGCAGGGUGGGAUAAUGAUAAGAAAAUAGGAAUAUUACAUGAAAAUUUUCAAACUUUGAAAGUAGAAGAUAAUUUUGAAGACAUCAUAACCAAACCUCCUGUCCGAAAGUUUGUGCACGAGAAGGAGAUUAUGGCAGAAGAUGACCAAGUGUUUCUUAUGAAGCUGCAGUCUCUUUUAGCAAAGCAACCACCAACUGCAGCUGGAAGACCUGUGGAUGCAUCACCAAGAGUCCCUGGAGGCUCUCCUAGAACACCAAAUAGAUCUGUGUCAUCCAAUGUUACCAGCGUGUCUCCUAUCCCUGCUGGAUCAAAGAAAAUUGAUCCAAACAUGAAAGCUGGAGCGACGAGCGAAGGGGUCCUGGCAAAUUUCUUCAACAGUCUGUUGAGUAAGAAGACUGGCUCUCCUGGAGGCCCUGGCGUCGGGGGCAGUCCUGGAGGAGGGGCUGCAGGUGGAAGCAGCAGUUUGCCGCCAUCUGCCAAAAAGUCAGGCCAGAAGCCUGUCCUCUCAGAUGUUCAUGCAGAGCUAGACAGAAUCACACGGAAACCUGCUUCUGUCUCUCCUGCAUCACCUACAUCUCCUACGGAAGGAGAAGCCUCCUGAAGAUACCAGACAAGGCCAUUCGGUCAUACUUCUGGCUUACAUCAGCUGGCCUCUGCCUUUCCCUUCCAAGUUGGAAUUAAGGGGCUGGAAGCUUUUACGGACAAAGUUUAUGUCCUGUC